AAUACAGGCCAUUUACCAUUCUAUUUUAUGUCUUAUGCGUUCAACUAUUCCUCUCCUGCACUGUGAGGAAAACGCCGUAGCUCUUACUUUCGAAAGAGGAAGAACUGCGAAAGAACAUGUGACACUUUGUUCUUAAAUAACAGCAACAAGGAAACGCAGUCAGACUGGGUUCAGCGCACGAGCAAAGAUGAGUCCGACUAAUCAAGGCCUGCUGUUGCUGCUCAUCUCCCUGUGUGCUGGGGCAGCAGCCAUGUUUGAAUCCACACUGGAUGCCCACUGGGAGCUGUGGAAGAAGACACAUGGGAAGAGCUACAAAAAUGAUGCGGAGGACGCUCACCGCCGGGAGCUGUGGGAGAAUAACCUGAAGAUGAUUACUGUGCACAACCUGGAGGCCUCAAUGGGACUUCACACCUAUGAACUGGGCAUGAAUCACAUGGGAGACCUGACAGAAGAAGAGAUCCUGCAGUUUUUUGCCAGUCUCACUCCUCCCACUGACAUCCAGAGGGCGCCAUCUGCCUUUGCAGGGGCAUCAGGUUCUGGCAUACCAGACACCAUGGACUGGAGAGAGAAGGGUUGUGUCACCAAAGUCAAGAUGCAGGGUGCUUGUGGAUCUUGCUGGGCCUUCAGUGCUGCAGGGGCCCUGGAAGGCCAGUUAGCCAAGAGUACAGGAAAGCUGGUGGAUCUCAGUCCUCAGAACCUGGUGGAUUGUUCUGGCAAAUACGGUAACCACGGCUGCAAUGGAGGCUUCAUGACCCGAGCUUUCCAAUAUGUCAUCGACAACCACGGAAUCGACUCUGAUGCUUCAUACCCAUAUACAGGACGUGAUGAGCAGUGCCGCUACAACCCAGCAACUCGUGCUGCCAACUGUUCCAGUUACCAGUUUCUGCCUGAAGGGGACGAGAACGCUCUGAAGCAGGCCCUUGCUACCAUUGGACCCAUUUCAGUGGCAAUUGAUGCUAGGCGGCCCAGAUUUAGUUUCUAUAGAAGUGGAGUGUAUAAUGACCCGUCAUGCACACAAGAGGUGAAUCACGGUGUGUUGGCAGUGGGCUACGGUUCUCUGAAUGGACAAGACUACUGGCUCGUAAAGAACAGCUGGGGAUCUACCUUCGGAGAUCAGGGAUACAUCCGGAUGGCACGCAACACAGGCAACCAGUGUGGCAUCGCUUUGUAUGCCUGUUACCCCGUCAUGUAACUGCACAGUGCACUGAAGUUAAAUUUUUAAAUCUUAAUAUAAAAUGAGUAACAGUAGGGUGGACAUUAUGUAAGGCUGCACUUUUUGCAGCGAUCUCGUAUAGAAAACAAUUCCGCGCGUAUAUAAAACAUAUCCGCGGCUCCGAACCGUAGUAAAGGGACCUCUGGCUAAUACGUUGGGUUCCGUGUCGGGCUCGUAACCGAAAACUAGCUUUACUUUGUUGUCUGGGUCAACUUGUUGCUUUCGGAGGAAAACAUGAACACAGUGUACAGUCGAGUCUUAAUAGCUUACUUACAUAUGGGCUCCUCAGGCACUCUUUUUGGCUGCAGUGGUUAUUAUUAUAUUUACAUGCUUCCAGCUCCCGUUUCUGGUCGGUGACAGCUCCUACUUUACGACUCUUUUUCUCCCUCCCUCGCUCACAGACACAUAAUGGGUAUGGCAGUCCAUUCUCCCUGCAGCACGGACUACACUGCCCAUGAGGCUACAUUCUUUAGGGCUAUGCCUGUAACGCUCUGCCUAUUGCCUUCAUAUUAAAUCAUUUUUGUGAAUAAUUUUUUUAAAAUAUUUCUUCACGUCAUUAUGCAGGCCGCAAGUAGGGGUGACAUGGGCCGCGAGGUUGAGACACAGGCAUUAGAGCCUCUUAAUGCGAGUUUUGUUUGGGUUUCCACCGGCAUGGAAUUCCCAAAAAUAGAGAUCGCAUAGCCCAACAUAUGAAACAGGAAAAUACCGCAGUGUAAUCCAUUCAUUUCAGCAAAGUAACUGUAUUCCGAAUACCACCCUUUCAAACGAUAACUGUAACGGAAUACAGUUACUCAUAUUUUGUAUUUCAAAUACGUAACGGCGGUACAUGUAUUCCAUUACUCCCCAACACUGUGGUUAUCAUUAACUACUAAAUCAGGGGGUAACCAGAAGUACAGACGUCUGUCCAAGGCUACAAGGUUUCAUUAAAAAUAUGUGUAUAUCUAUUGUAAAAAGUUGUGACUUUACCGGAUGUUUAGCGCUGGACAGUUGUGUAUUUUUUGACUGCUGCUUUGUUGUUGAUACUGAUAUUAUGUAAUCUGACUCGAUAUAAAAAUAAAUAAUUUUCCCAAAAUCUGGUUCCUUAUUCACAAAAUAAUGAACACGGAAUUAUAAUAUUUCAAUUUAAAGGUGUCAUGGUGAUGGGUCUGUCAUGUUCAUCAUCCGUCAUGUUUCAGGUCUCAGGUUUUCUUGUUCCAGGUACCUUGUGUUUAGUUUUCGCAGUUUAGUUUUUGUUUACUUUUAGUCUCCCUUUUUCUUUGGUUGUAUUUUGUGCUGUCAAAAAUAAAAAGCUCACUUUCAUUUUUGACUGCAGUCCAGUACCGUGUCUUUAGUCUGCAUUUGGGUCCACAGUCUGUCCACUCUCCACACAGUCUGCCAUCACAGACCUGACAAAAGGGGGAUAUGUAAACAUAACUUGGAUGUUGAGGGUUUUAACUGGUCAAGUACUGAAUUGUGCAUGUUAUACUGUAUUUUUGUUCAACAAAAAGGAAGUUUAAAAGGAAGAGUUGGUUUCGUAAGCGUGUUUUCUUGUUUUUGGACAAAAUAAAAAAUAAAUCAGAUUUCCGAGCA